UCCGCUGUAUUGUUUAUAUAGUUUCUAAAGCCGGACGAAAAUGCAAUGUGGCGGUAUCAGUUGCUGAUAAGCACUGGAACCCUAAGACACACAAUUUUUAAACGACGAUGACUGCCACCAAGAAGCGCCUAAAGAUCGUGGCGGCCACCUCGCUGGUCCUCCUGCUCCUGGUCUACCUAUACCGGGCGGUCAGGGUUUCGGCGGGCGGAAUGUCCUCCAUUUCCAUAAGCAACGGUGACGAAGCCCAGGCCCGUUGGCCUCCCACGGAGAAUCCACUUCAGAGGAGCCUCCAGAUGGCCUACGAGGAGCAGAGUUCCCUGAUCCGGGAACAGAAAGCCGAACUGCAGCGAACCAGAGAACACCUAGCCCAGUUGGAGGAACAGAUUCGCAGUUUGCAGACCAGUACUCCUCGCAAAUAUCCAAAGGUUAAGUAUCUGAACUACAAGAACCGUAAGCGCAUCCUGAUUACCGGAGGAGCUGGCUUCGUAGGCUCCCACCUGGUUGACGAUCUGAUGAUCCAGGGUCAUGAGGUCAUUGUGGUGGACAACUUCUUUACGGGACGCAAACGUAAUGUAGAGCACUGGCUGGGUCACGAGAACUUCGAGCUCAUCCACCACGACAUCGUUAAUCCGCUUUUCAUCGAAAUUGAUGAGAUCUAUCACCUAGCAUCGCCAGCUUCGCCCCCACACUAUAUGUACAACCCGGUGAAGACCAUCAAGACCAAUACCAUGGGCACCAUCAAUGUGCUGGGCUUGGCCAAGCGCGUAAUGGCCAAAGUUUUGAUAGCCAGCACCUCGGAGGUUUACGGUGAUCCCACGGUACAUCCACAGCCGGAAACAUACUGGGGUCACGUAAAUCCUAUUGGACCAAGGGCCUGUUACGACGAAGGAAAGCGUGUCUCCGAAACUCUCAGCUAUGCGUACGCCAAACAGGAAAAGGUGCAGGUGCGUGUGGCUCGCAUCUUCAACACUUAUGGGCCCAGGAUGCAUAUGAACGAUGGACGCGUAGUCUCGAACUUUAUACUACAGGCGCUUAGAAAUGAAACCAUUACGGUGUAUGGUAAUGGCAAGCAAACCCGCUCCUUUCAGUACGUUUCGGAUUUGGUGGAUGGCAUGAUAUCAUUGAUGGGAUCCAACUACACGCAACCGAUAAAUUUGGGGAACCCGGUGGAGCAGACAAUCGGCGAAUUUGCAGAGAUCAUUAAGCAUCUGGUCGGCGGUCCCAGUGUGAUAAAACAAACUAAGGCAAUGGAGGAUGAUCCACAGCGCAGGAAACCGGACAUUACUCGUGCCCGGCAGUUUCUUAACUGGGAACCAAAAGUUCCUCUUGAGACUGGGCUGCAGCGAACCAUCUCCUAUUUCCGCAACGAACUGGCGCGCAGUGAUCGCUUCCAAGAAAGCUCUAACAAGUACUUUGACGCACCGUAACAUUAACUGGGUUAAGUUUUAGUUGAUGAUAAUGCAACGUCUCUAGUCUGCAAAUGUAAAUAUGACCAUCGAUAGCACUAAUUGUAAGUUUAAGGACCAGGCGAUAUCUUUUACGUCAUGAGCAUGGUUCCUUGUGUAAAGUUUUCAGAUGUAACUAACCAAUUAACAUAAUGUUUGUUGUAAGGAAUUGGGAUCCAAUAACGUACAAAUGCGAUCAAAUUUAUAGCACUGAAAUUGGAAAAUUUCGUUAAAAAGUAUAUAUAUGAAAAUUUCACAUUUAUUUAAAUGAACUUAAUAACAUAAUUGUUUUUAAAGACCUAAAGUGAACCUUACUAGAAAACCAAGAGAAAACUGAUAACUAUCAAACAAUUCCACACAAAUGGAAAACUUUAAGGGCUAUGCAAAUAUUACAUAUUCUGUUAAAUUAUUGUAUAAGGACUUAAGGUGCUAUUUUAUUUGACCGCAAAUGUACCACAUAAUCAUUAAAAUCACUGGGAUACAUAAAACUAAAAAACACCAUCAGCAGGUUAUGAACCGCAUAUCAAAACCAGUGAGAAUUGAAUUGAACAAAAUAUUGGAGAACUGUGACUCAUUUAAAAUGGUAGACAUACAACACCGGUUUGCGCCUGUAUCCAUCGUAAAAAUGGCCCGAUUCUAGGCUUAAGUAGGGUUUUGAGUUGCUGUAGUUGGUAGGUCAUUAAAAAGAGGUUUUUCUCUGCAAACUAAUCUUA